UCGUAAUUUGUAAACAGAUCACGAAUGAUUGCUGACGGUGAAUGUUACGUAUAUAUUCGUUUAAGUAUUCAUUUAAUCACAUUGAGACGGAAGAAGUAAAAAUGGUAAUUGUUGUCGGUUUUGAGGGUAGUGCAAAUAAACUAGGUGUGGGAAUAAUUCGUGAUCAGCAAGUAUUAUCGAAUAUACGACAUACUUAUGUUACUCAACCGGGAGAAGGUUUUCUACCUCGAGAGACAGCACUACAUCAUAGAAAAUUUAUAUUAGAUAUUUUGCAAAAAGCCUUAGAUGAUGCAAAAAUUAACUUGAAAGAUAUAGAUGUUGUUUGUUAUACAAAAGGACCAGGAAUGGGAGCACCUCUAACAGUUGCCGCUGUAGUAGCUAGAACUAUUGCUCAAUUAUGCAAUAAACCUAUAGUAGCAGUCAAUCACUGCAUUGGUCACAUUGAGAUGGGACGUUUAAUCACUAAUAGUGAAAAUCCUAUUGUUUUGUACGUUUCUGGUGGAAAUACUCAAAUUAUUGCGUAUUCUCAACAGAGAUAUCGCAUUUUUGGUGAGACAAUCGACAUAGCGGUUGGAAAUUGCCUAGAUAGAUUUGCAAGACUAUUGAAGCUUUCAAAUGAUCCCAGUCCUGGAUAUAAUAUAGAACAGUUGGCAAAAAAGGGUGGAAAGCUAGUACCUUUGCCAUAUGUUGUGAAAGGGAUGGACAUAUCAUUCUCUGGUAUUUUAAGUCACAUAGAGGAACAUCUUUUCCAAUGGUUCGAUACGAAAACUUUUACUCCUGAAGAUUUGUGUUUCUCCUUGCAAGAGACUGUGUUUGCCAUGCUCAUUGAAAUUACAGAGCGCGCAAUGGCUCACAUAGGAUCAAACGAGGUACUGAUAGUCGGUGGUGUAGGAUGUAAUGAAAGACUGCAAGAAAUGAUGGGUGUCAUGUGUAAAGAAAGGAAUGCGACUCUUUACGCAACGGAUGAGCGAUUCUGCAUAGACAACGGUGUUAUGAUCGCGGUUGCUGGAUUGCUGCAGUAUAAAUGUAAGGGCAGCACUCCUUGGAUGCAAACUACUUGCAUUCAAAGAUAUAGAACGGACGAUGUACAUGUUUUUUGGAGAGAAUAAAACAUUUUUAAAUAAA